GGAGCCGGAGCCGGAUUCCGCGCAGAAGGCCACGUCAACCUAAAUUUAUACCGCCCUCCCCACCCCGCCGCGCCCGCAAGGCUUGCGGCGAGUCCUUCCAAGCCGCGUCGUCCACGCCUUUCCCACAAUGCCCCGCGCCAGGCCCCGCCCCGCCUCGCCUAGGAGACCGGCGCGCGAGGAGCAGACCGGAGCCGGCCGCUCUCGCAACCCGGCGGUGCGGCUGGACCUCACCAGUCCCGGAUGCGGCGGGGCAGCGUUUAAAGAGUGCGCGCUUCCCUCUCGCAGGCACAGCUUGCGCUAGGCCGAGUGGGGUCCGCCGCCAGGGAUUGAGGAUGGGGAAGUAGCUGCAGGAGGCGACCCCGCGACGCCGAGAUUAACGUUUUGGGAGACAAUUUGUGAUGCCUGAUUAACCUUUAGAGUAAUGUGGACAGAAGUUCUCAAACUUGCAUAUUACAUCAACUGGAACCAGCGGCAUUACCUUAAUGUUCACUUAAAUCAAAACUUGGACAAAAAAGACAAUGAGGGUCUGGUUAAAUAAAGAUGACUAUGUCAGAGACUUGAAAAGGGUCGUUCUCUGUUUUCUAAUACUAUAUAUGGCUGUUUUAGUGGGUACAGAUCAAGAUUUUUACAGUUUACUUGGAGUAUCCAAAACUGCAACCAGUAGAGAAAUAAGACAAGCUUUCAAGAAAUUGGCUUUGAAGCUACAUCCUGAUAAAAACCCGAAUAACCCAAAUGCACAUAGUGAUUUUUUAAAAAUAAAUAGAGCAUAUGAAGUACUCAAAGAUGAAGAUCUGCGGAAAAAGUACGACAAAUACGGAGAAAAAGGACUUGCAGAUAAUCAAGAAGGAGGCCAGUAUGAAAGCUGGAAUUACUAUCGUUAUGAUUUUGGUAUUUAUGAUGAUGAUCCUGAAAUCAUAACAUUGGAUAGAAGAGAAUUUGAUGCUGCUGUUAAUUCUGGAGAGCUGUGGUUUGUGAACUUUUACUCCCCAGGAUGUUCACACUGCCAUGACUUAGCUCCCACAUGGAGAGACUUUGCUAAAGAAGUGGAUGGAUUACUUCGAAUUGGAGCGGUUAACUGUGGCGAUGAUAGAAUGCUUUGCCGGAUGAAAGGAGUCAACAGUUAUCCCAGCCUCUUCAUUUUUAGGGCUGGAAUGGCUGCAGUGAAAUACCAUGGUGACAGAUCAAAGGAAAGUUUAGUGAAUUUCGCCAUGCAGCAUGUUAGAAGCACAGUGACAGAAUUAUGGACAGGAAAUUUUGUUAACUCCAUACAAACUGCAUUUGCUGCUGGUGUUGGCUGGCUGAUCACUUUUUGUUCCACAGGAGGAGAUUGUUUGACUUCACAGACACGUCUCAGGUUAAGUGGUAUGUUGGAUGGUCUUGUUAAUGUAGGAUGGAUGGACUGUGCCACCCAGGACAACCUUUGUAAAAGUUUGGAUAUUACAACAAGUACCACUGCCUAUUUUCCUCCUGGAGCCACUUUAAAUAACAAAGAGAAAAGUGGUAUUUUGUUUCUUAAUUCAUUGGAUGCUAGAGAAAUAUAUUUGGAAAUAAUGCAGAAUCUUCCAGACUUUGAACUACUUUCAGCAAACACACUAGAGGAUCGUCUGGCUCAUCAUCGGUGGCUCUUAUUUUUUCAUUUUGGAAAAAAUGAAAAUUCAAAUGAUCCCGAGUUGAAGAAACUAAAAACUCUACUUAAAAAUGAACAUAUACAAGUUGGCAAGUUUGACUGUGCCUCUGCACCAGACGUCUGUAGUAAUCUCUAUGUUUUUCAGCCAUGUCUAGCAGUAUUCAAAGGACAAGGAACCAAAGAAUUUGAAAUUCAUCAUGGAAAGAAGAUUCUAUAUGAUAUACUUGCCUUUGCCAAAGAAAGUGUUAAUUCUCACGUUACCACACUUGGACCUCAAAAUUUUCCUGCCAAUGACAAAGAACCAUGGCUUGUUGAUUUUUUUGCCCCUUGGUGUCCACCAUGUCGAGCUUUAUUGCCAGAGUUACGAAAAGCAUCAAAGCAUCUUUAUGGUCAGCUUAAGUUUGGUACAUUAGAUUGUACAGUUCACGAGGGACUCUGUAACAUGUAUAACAUUCAGGCUUAUCCAACAACAGUGGUGUUCAACCAGUCCAGCGUUCAUGAGUACGAAGGACAUCACUCUGCUGAACAGAUCUUGGAGUUUGUAGAAGAUCUUAUGAAUCCUUCUGUGAUCUCCUUGACACCUACCACUUUCACUGAACUAGUUAAACAGAGAAAACAUGAUGAAGUCUGGAUGGUUGAUUUCUAUUCUCCAUGGUGUCAUCCAUGCCAAGUCUUAAUGCCAGAAUGGAAAAGAAUGGCCCGGACGUUAACUGGACUGAUCAACGUGGGCAGUAUAGACUGCCAACAAUAUCAUUCUUUUUGUGCCCAAGAAAAUGUUCGGAGAUACCCUGAGAUAAGAUUUUUUCCCCAAAAAUCAAAUAACGCUUAUCAAUAUCAUAGUUACAAUGGUUGGAAUAGGGAUGCUUAUUCCCUAAGAAUCUGGGGUCUAGGAUUUUUACCUCAAGCAUCUAUAGAUCUAACACCUCAGAGUUUCAAUGAAAAAGUUUUACAAGGGAAAAACCAUUGGGUGAUUGAUUUCUAUGCUCCUUGGUGUGGACCUUGCCAAAACUUUGCUCCAGAGUUUGAGCUCUUGGCUAGGAUGAUUAAAGGCAAAGUGAAAGCUGGAAAAGUAGACUGUCAAGCUUAUGCCCAAACCUGCCAGAAAGCUGGUAUCAGAGCCUAUCCAACUGUUAGAUUUUAUCCGUACGAAAGGGCAAAGAGAACUAUUUGGGGAGAGCAAAUAGAUUCCAGAGAUGCGAAAGAGAUUACUACCUUACUAUAUGAAAAGUUGGAAAAUCUCCAAAAUCAUGGAAAGAGAAAUAAGGAUGAACUUUAACGAUGUUGAAAAUGAAGAAAAAUCUGAAAAAAGAAAUUGACAGAUGAUACCAGAAGACACCUUUUCAGAAUGUUAACUGCAUUCUUGAUGGGAAUAAAUGAACAUUGCCUUGGA